AGGCCCCAGGAUAAUGCCUCGUAUCGCCAUGACAUGCUCAAGAAAUACAAUUCCAGUGGAGAGUGCACGCGCACCUGAGACACCACGCCCAGAAUAUGUCAUUCAAUGAGAUAACAUUCACACCUCAUACUUGACCCUGGCUGUCCCGUCUUCAUUUCGUGCUGAAGCGGAUAGUUUCUCAUCCAUCUACACCCACUGUCACGAAGCACUCUACGGGAAUCCCCUUAGUUUCACUUCCAUUUUAGCUUACUAUAUAAAAUUAUUCACUUCUUUUCUGGAUCAUCAUCUUCAUUGCUGUAGUUCUACAAAUAUGUUUUUUCAACUCGUCUGCAUUCUAGCUGCCUACUUGCAAGGUGGGCUUACACAGGAUAAGCCUACACAAGAGGUGAAGUCAGUUUGUGGAGAGGACUCAAUUCUAAAAUGUAAAGCAAUACGUAAGCCUGGUGUCCAGUACCGGGCGGUGAGGUGGUACAAGCUGGGUGAGAAGCCCUAUAAUAAGGAGUCUGGUCUAUUGAUGAAGAGGCUAUCACCUAACAGCACCACCCUACGGUUCGCAGGUUUGGAGCGUGAAGUGGAACUUUUGGCUGACGAUUCUUUCGAUAUCUUCCUGCCCAAUGUAACGGCUGUUGAUAGUGGGAGGUACAAGUGUCUCCUGGCAGCACCUGUAGGAGAGCAGAACCAGGAGGGGCACGUUCACCUCAGAGUGACAGGUUGCCUUGAGUCCACAUACCAAUCAGAAGAAAUUGAUACCAUUCUAGUUCUUUCCAUUGUGGGGAUUGUGGCGGCAUUGCUGAUAUUCACCAUCAGCUAUGUCAUCCUAAGGAAUAUGUUAUUGCAAAGGAGUAAGAAGUAUCCACAAGAACCACUUCUAGAUGCACCCCUUGAGAAGAAAGAUUUAAUGUUGAUUUACACUCUGGGGCCAAACUGGUCAUUACAGGGUUCCAUAAAGCAUGUCUUUGUGUGAGACCCUGUUCUGCUAGUUUGGGCUCAUUGUAUACUUGAAUGUGAAGAGGAAACACAGAGAAAGACUAGAGCCCAUUUGAAGCUGAGCAAGGAGCCUAAGAGUCAUGUCUACUUUCCAGAGAGUUCAUGUCUAGAGCAGAGGGAGGCAGACAAACCUCUGGACGAUCCUGUAGAACUAAUUGUGUAGGCAUGACUGCAGCAUUCAAGAGCCUGUGAUGCGCAAGGAGCAGGGCCUGGUGAAAGGACCCCACGAUCUAAGCCCCAAGAUCAAACCCCAACAAGGAGCUUCAGGAAAGGGAGAAUAAAUAAUUAAUGAUAAGGCGUGUGGGGUUCUGAGAAUAUGAAAUAUACUUAUUCAUGUCACUGAGGGAGCAAGGGUAAUGUAUAACGUUUACAUUAUAUCAGGGAUCCUAUGGUUAUCUGUAGGAGGAAGGUAUAUAGUGUGUGCAAUUAAGCUUGGAAUGUGCUGAGUGCAGGGAAGCGAUCACAUAUGGCAGGCAUUGAUAAGGGGAGAGAGCCAUGGAUUAGUGAUGAAGGGGGUCGAGGUCAGGUCAGGUCAGGUCACGUUAAGGGACAAAGAAAAGUUUAUGGCCAUAUUACUUAGUUUCCUGCCCAGCAGUAAAGAUACAAUCAGAUGGGUAGGAGGAGACUCAGCCUAAGAGAAAGGGUUAAAUAUCAGUGCUUGUGUGAAAAUCUUUUUGUCUAAUGCAGCUGUAUUGAUCCUCUGGGAAGAAUAAACUUGGUAAAGCUUUCAUAGUGUCAUUGAGUUUUUACUCUGAAAAUUAGAACCUAAUAGGGGUCAUUCUGCAGGGUCUUUCCAUGGCGAUGUUGGGGUUAAUUCCAUUUACAUUUCAGUCAACCCAGUCAAUUGAAGUUUCAGUAAUUGGAAGUUGAAAUUGAUUUUGAACUGGAAGAUUAUCAAUGUGUACUGCAUUGAAUUUCAUGCCUAAUUAAAAUCCUUUAUUGACAAGUAUUGAAAUGGUAUUGAUCUGAGCACUGUUCAAUGGGACUCAUCCGUGUUGGAAGGAUUUGGUGGGACAUGCUGGACUCUGCACAGAGAGAUGAAAUCAACCAAGACUGCAUUCCAUCUGAGCCAAGCAAAGCUCUCAAUUAACUCUAAUUUUCAGGAAUUAUCGAUAACUUUUAGUUAUUUUGUGAGGUCAAAACAGUAUAUACUUUUUUUAUGCAGAACCAAAAAAAAAAAAUGUUAUCCAAGCAAUACAAAAGUGGUCUUUGGUGAAUAUUGGCAAAAAGUAACUCACAGAAAAUAAUCUUUG